GGCGAUUACAUAUUUUGAAGACGGUUGGGGAACUUUUUGAGGCUAUUUGGCCUGCAGCAGCCCUAAGUUUUAUAUGGAUGGGUGAAACGUAUGUUGGAUUCUUAUGCCUCUUUUAUUUUAACAAAAGGAAAUGCUGUGAUUCGUUGUUCUCGUGCUGGGGUGGCACACAAAGACUGAGCAUCUUCUUUGCAUUCCUUGUGCUUUGCAUGUAAUUUGACUGUGGGUGAAUUGUUAAUGGACAUGAGCAGCAUAGAAAGAGGCUCAGAGAAAGGGAGCGCUCUCGGUCAGAGGGCUUUGGGAAACGUUCUCAUGAGGCUUGUGUUCUUAAGCUCUUAUCCAACGGAAAAAAGGGGAAGGAUAUCGCAGUAUCAAGUGUUUGACCGCUGCACUUCAGUUUGUGUCCUGAUGCUCGGGUCAUAGCAUCACAACAUAAAGUCUAAGUAUUUGAUUUUAUUGCUUAUAUUUUCAAAUUUUAGCUUUCUUUAACUGCUUUGUUUGUUCUGUUUGUUUACUCUACAAAUACACUAUUCAUUAACUGGGUAUUUUUCAAUCCGGUAGAUGAUAGAAUCAUGUAUUUCUAUAAGGUCUGGAGUGUGUGUGUGGAUAAUGGCUGGUCAUCAACUGAUAAAACUUGGUGAAUCGUAUCAACUUCCACAAUAAAUCGUUGUUCCAACGUCACCAUUCUGUCCAUAUCGGGAGGAGCCCAGUUAAAGUCACCUAGGUGCCAGGAUUGUUAGACUAGCGCCCAUUGUGGGUCCUCUCCAAACCACUAAGGACAUAGGAUGGUGAUGUGGGAAAACAUCACCAUCAUAGAAGUUAAUUGACAAUGAUAUGAGCUGGUGCUCCAUGUUGCCAUGCAAAUCUCUCUCAGUGUAUGUGAUGAUGGCUGGUUUAACCAGUGCACACUGAUUGCUCAAUGCACAACAGGUGUGCAGCCUCACCCAGCCACAGAGUCCCUUCAGUCAGACUCGGGCCAGGUGAGGCUGCUUCAACCAGCAAUCAUCCAUACCACCCCACAAGAUUGAAGAAGUUACUCGAGAACGAGAAAGCUUACCAGGCCAAGAAGGAGAGGGAGCACUCCAAGCGACUGGCCAAGGUGCGCGAGGAGCUGGUGAAGCUAAAGUCCUUUGCCCUGAUGCUGGUGGAUGAGCGGCAACUUCACCUGGAGCAGAUGGACAAACACGGGCAGCACGUCCAGGAGCUAGGCCUGCAGCUGCAGCAGCGGGAACAGGCCCUCGGUGAAGCCGGCACCCGUGCCCAGGAGGACAGCCAAAGGGCGGUGGGUCUGGAGACCGAGCUCCGGGAGAAAUCAUCCACGUUCACCCAGCAGCAUGAGGAGAUGAGCGCCAAGCUGGCCGACCAGGAGGCCCAGAACCGCCUGCUCGACGCCAAACUUUCAGGUCUUGUGCACCAGGUGGCGGAGCUUGAGGAGAGCAACAAGACGCUGAAGAAAUCGGAGGAUGAGCUGCAGGAGCUGAGAGAGAAGAUCAGCAAAGGCGAGUGUGGAAACUCCACGCUGAUCACUGAGCUGGAGAACCUGCGGAAGCGGGUGCUGGAGAUGGAGGGUAAGGAUGAGGAGAUCACCAAGACUGAGAGUCAGUGUAAAGAGCUGAGGAAGAGGUUCCAGGACGAGGACAGCAAGAGCAAAGUCCUCCGGCUGGAGGUGGAGAAGCUCCAGAAGAGAAUGGUGGAACUAGAGAGGCUGGAGGGUGCGUUCAGCAUCAUCAAGACUGAAUGUACCCAGUUGAACACUGCACUGGAAAGGGAGAAGGGGCUGACGAAGGAGCUGUCGGAUGAGCUGGUAGCUCUGCGGAUUCGAAUGAAAGAGGUUGAGUCUUCCGAGUUGCGGCUAGAAAAGUCUGAACUGAGCCUCAAAGAUGACCUUAGUAAACUGAAGUCGUUGACAGUUGCUUUGAUGGACGAAAGAAAGAAUCUAAUGGAUAGGAUGAAGUCCGAGGAGAAGAAAAAGGAGGAUUUAGGCAAUAUGUUCAAAAUUGAACAGAGAAAGGUUACGGAGGUCACUGAAAGACUAAUAGAUGAGAGCAAAAAGUUCCUGAAGUUAAAAUCCGAAAUGGGGAACAAAGUAGAAACUCUAACCAGUGAGAAUAGAGAGUUGAGCACAAAAAUAUUGAAUGAAUUGGAUACAAAUAAAGACCUAAACUGCAAGAUCAACCAACUGAAAAAGAGGUUAGAUGGGUUGGACCCAGCAGAAAAGUCACAGCUUAAAAACAUAGGAAGAUGUGAACUGGGUAGAGGAUCUGGCUCUGCCAUAGCAGAUGACAACAAAUUAAUGGAACUGACCAUUGAAAUUGAACAGCUAAAGAAACGCCUCAAACAACUCGAGGUGGUAGAGGGCGACUUGAUCAAGACGGAGGAUCAGUGCGACCUCUUAGAGAAAAAGUUCCUCACCGAACAAGACAAGGCUAACAUCCUCUCCCGGCAGAUUGAAGAAAUGAGGAGUCAGAUCGCACGGAACAAAGCUAUAGAGAAAGGAGAGGAGGAUUGUCACAGAGAAGAUCUCCAACAAUGCUGUAAGCGAGAGGAGGCCAUGACCAAAGACCUCCAAGCUGACGUUGUGGCUCUCAAGGAGAAGAUCCAUGAGCUCAUGAACAAAGAAGACCAGCUGUCUCAGCUCCAGCUAGAUUACUCAGUGCUGCAGCAAAGGUUCUUGGAAGAAGAGGAGAAAGCCAAGAACAUGAGCAUCGAGGUCAUUCACCUGACCAAAGAGCUGGACGUGACUAAACGACAAAGCCGAGCCUUAAGGCCCAGCAUGAAUGGGAGGAGGAUGAUGGACAUCGCUAUGACUUCGACGGCAGUGCAGACGGACGUGUUGCCCAUGGAUACGGCAGAGGAGGAUUGCCCAGCUGUUUUCAUCAGGAAGUCGGUCCAAGAAGAGAAUCAUAUCAUGAACAACUUCAGACAGAAGUGUCUCAAGAAGUCAUCUGAAAAGCUCAGUGCCCUUGAACGCAGCCCUUCAUCCACCAGUGACAUGGGUGUAAAGAAGUCUUGGAUCCCAUGGAUGAGGAAAAAGGAGACGGCCCCGUCAGGGAACAGCCUAGAAAAGCCAUUGCACGUCAAUGGAGACGCUUUGCCCACUGAACUGACAAUGAUCCAGAAACAAGGACAGCCAGUGCACAUCCGGGUGACGCCCGAUCACCAGAACAGCACCGCGACCUUGGAGAUCAGCAGCCCCACGGGUGACAGCUUCUUCUCCAGCUCUGUCCCACUCAGCCCCAACUCGUCUCACCCCAAGUCUAAAAUCACAAUCAUUCCCACCCACUCUGCAUCCAACCAGAGGGUGAAGUCUUUCACUGGGAUCCGAGGCCCAGAGAGAGCAAAGUCCCCGGUCACAAUCACGACAAUAUCCAGGGCCAAGUCCCCCGAUGGCGGCAGGGUCUGCUCCGCCGCAUCGGGGAGGCCCUUGUCACCGAUCUCCAUCACGACGACGAGCACGGCUGUCGUACCCGACCACUCGGCCUCUCCGGAACCCCAGGAGAUGACCAUGGGCCGUGCCGUGUUCAAGGUCACGCCAGAAAAGCAGAUGGUCCCAGUGGCCAUCAGGAAGUGCCACACUAACCUCAUCACCACCAGUGAAGACAGCAAGAUACACAUCCACCUCGGUAACAGCGCCGGCCCCAAAAUGGUCGUCAGACCCGUGGUGGAGGGCAAAGAGAUGACCUUGUCCACCGGGACAGUUUUGCGUUCGCCGCGUCAAAUCACCACCACCACCAGCACCACCAUGGCCAGGGCCACCGCCAUCAAGGCCAGCAAUAGUAUAACCAUCACUCCCGUGUCAUCAAGCAGUCGGCCUUCACAAAGCAUGACCGGGCAUGAAGCCCAAACCACUCGUACUGGGCUGACCCGGAUCCCCAUGUCCAAGAACCUGAAGACAGGGAAGACGGUGCUGGGCAUGUCCGGUGGAGUGAGGCUAGAGAGUCAGUCCAUGAGGAUAGAGGUGAAGAAGUCCACGGUGAACAGCGGUGCCCUUCAAAAUGGAGGAAAGGCCUAAGUAGAAGAGAUCGAUGGUGAUGGGUCUGUAAUGUAAAGUGCUGAGUCAGUGUGAGCUACUAAACCAUAGCUUUUGAGUGGCCCCUGUGAUGUACAUGCAAAACAUGGUGCUGCAUAGAGUUACAGGCAAUUUGUAGCACAAGAAACACUCACAGCUGUUUCCUCAAUCAACUUAAGGACUCACGGAACCGUUGUACUUCAAAUAAUGACACAUUUUUAACUAGGUGCCAAUGUAUUUGUGUUUGUGUUCAUAUUUAUUUCUGAAAUGUAGAUGGAAAAACAAUGUCUGAUAUCCACAGUGUGAUUGUAGUUUGAGUGAAAUGUCAGGGUUUUCUAUUGCAACAUAUGCAUCAGUUGACUCACGUGUUUAUACAUUCUAAAUAUAUUUUGUAAAUGUUUUACUAGAAUAUUGCAUUGUACAUGUAAGUAACGCUUUCUUUAUAUCUAAAGGAUUUUGUAAUAAAAGGUAAUUUAAAUGAAAGACUUUAUAUGGAUAAUCAGAUUCCAAUGUAUAUUGCGUAUGCAUUUGUAUUUGUGUAUUUUUGUUUCCUCUUGAAAAUUAAAUAUUGAGAAAUGUUAAGGGUAGUGUCCAAACUAUUUUAGUAAAUCCACUUCAAUGGGGGAAGUUACUUUUCUCUAUCAUGAAUAC